AUGUCACCAACAUGCGAAGCAGAGUUCUCUUGGCGGGAUGUCCACUGGAUGGCGCCUCUGUGGCAGCUUCUCGCUGCAUUGGAGCGCUUGUCCAGCCUUCAUCCCGUGUCGGUCAUAGCGAGGAAGCGACUAGACGUCUCCUUUCCAGACAUGGCACGAGCGUGUCGGCUCAGCCUGAAGGCCUUGCUUCCAGGAAAAGCUAGCGAGGCUGUUCGGGACGAAGCGUUGCGAGAAGUUGCACGCGCCUGGUCUCCGAUUCUCUCACAUUCCAGCCGGAGGAGAGGAUGUGGACCAACGCUGGCGCUGCCGGCGCCGCUGCCUCCCGCGCCGAUACGCGGCAACAAUGGAACCGCCACCGCCGGACCCAUUGCUAAGGAGGCGGCGGAGGUGGCUCCGUUCCUAUCCGUCCGCACGGCGUUUGACCUCUACCUGAAGGCUCUCGACCUCCCCCGAGGCAGCCUUGUGGUCUGCUCUGCCCUGACUAUCCCCGACAUGGUGACCAUUUUCGAGGAGCACGGGCUGGUCCCCGUACCCGUCGAUCUUGACCCGGAGACCUUGGCACCCGAGCCCGGGGCGUUAGAGGCCGAGGUCGCGAGGUGUGGAGGCGGCGGCGGCACGGAAAGCGGCGGCGAGCAGCAGCAGCAGCAGCAGCGUGUGAGGGCGAUAUAUGUUGCUCACGUGUUCGGGGCCCAGGUGGACAUGACGCACAUCGUGGAGGCCGCUGCUCGCCACGGCCUCCUCCUGUGGGAGGACUGUGCCCAGAUGUUCACCGGCCUGGGGGGCUACCUCGGCCACCCCGACAGCGAUGCCGCCUUCUUCAGCUUCGGCGUGAUAAAGAGGGCGACUGCUUUCGGCGGCGGCAUCGCGCGCAUCCGUGAUGCUCAAGUCCUGUCAGCCAUGCUACGGGAGGAGGCCGAAUACCCGUCACAGUCCGCUGCGGCCUACCUUCGUCGGGUGCUCAAGUGCUCGCUGAUGCUCGCCCUUACGACGCCGCUGCUUUUCGGCAUCAUCCUCCACACCCUGGCGGUCCUAGGUAUCGAGCACGACGAGAUGCUCGCCUGGAGAAUAUCCCGGUAUCCCACCGAAGGCGUCGAGAUCCGUCUGCGGCACUGCAACCGCAUGCUCAGCGUUCUCGAGGCCGUCUUGUCGCAGCGGCAGCGGCAACCGCAAUCGCCAAGAGCACGGCCGCCCCGGGAAGGAGGGGCGACUCGAGAAGAACCAUCGGCGCUUUCUGUCGGAGAGGGGGAAGAAGGAGGAGGAGGGGUCGGGGCGGGCGACGUUCUGCCGGGUGUCAAGGCUUACCGGCACACGCUCUGGUUGUACCCCGUGAUGGUAACGGGGGGUCCCGACAGGGCGAGCUACGUCGUGAGGGAUCUCUUGCGGGAGGGGUUCGACGCCACUCGAGCGCCGACCUCGCUAAUGCCCAUCGAACGGUGCACAACCACCAAGUACAAGGGCCCCCCUGGCGGCGUGUCGUCGUCGUCGCCGUGUCGCACGCCGAGGUGCUCCGCGAUGAUGGACUCGUUGGUUUAUCUCCCGCUGGCCAACAACAUCCCGGACUCUGAGGUAGACAGGAUGGCUCUAGCGCUGGCGAGGUCGUUGUGGUCGUGCGGUUCUUCGGCGGCGCCGAGGGGCGGCAGACUGGACUCAUGCGGCAGUCCCGCCGGUGGGCCGCGCAAGUCGGGGGGAAACGGUAGCAGGGAGCGCACCGCGUUGGCCAGAAGCCUUGUGGCCUUUGCGUUUCGCCUGGAUGUGAUAGCCGUGUCGACGUUGUGCUUGAUGGUGGUGGCGGUAUCCUUCUUGAUUCUGGCGUGGUUGCGGUGACCUAUACCUCUCUUCAUUGCUCGAUAGCAUGCUGCUCGUAAUACAGAGGGAGGGGGAUGUCGAGUAUUGUAGAGAGACGCGCUCUCCCCCGCCACUCCUUCCUGAGCCACUUUGGUGGACUUCCCAGGAUGUUUUGACAAGACAGCUGUUGUGUUUGUUGGUCAAGGUCGGAUUACUAUGUAAGGCUAGGGGGCUAGAUGACGAUCGACUCCUUUCGAACCCUUUUCAGGAAAAUGUUGUAGUAGGUGUGGCUUGUUUCUUGAUUUCUCUGGACGCGUCACCUAGAUGAUUGCAAGGAACCGGGGCGUUUGGUCGUUUCCCCAAUAUCCUCCUAUCCCGGACGUAGUUACCAUUAGAGUUGUGGAGGGCGCGUCAGUUCUGUCGAUAGUUUUAGGGUCAUGUUGGUGGAAUUCUAGAUGUAACUGGUAUUACUGUGUACUUGGCUUCCGACUUGCUGGAGUGGUACUGUAGACGAGUUGGUUGUCACCGAGUUCAAGAAGCAUGGGGUUAUGGGGUUGUUGUUUUAGGGAGGGUGCUACAUGUAGGUUUUGGAAGAGCUCGGGCUUGUUUGCUCAUCUUCGCUAACCCGUCCUUCAUUCGUACAUGUAGUCCACGGCUAACUAUUUACUGGAGGAACGUGGCUCGCUCGGAAUUGUUGUGCACGAGCUGCUCCGAUGUGUUCACAGACACGUGACUGCUGUGUCCAGGCGAGCCAAGGUGCUCUGACACUCUCCCACACCACCCGGUGCAUACCGGUGGGCGUCAUAGGAUGUUUCUUUCAGUCGUCGUAGGCGGCCGCUGCCUUGCCCCACCGCGAGCGAGCGACGCGGACCCCACUUACAGCAGUCUUCCCUCUGAUUUACUGAUUUAUUGCGUAGAUCAUCGCCGUGACAGCAGCAGUCAGAGUGUAUUGCCGUUUGAGCCGUGUGUUCUCCGCAAAAUGCAUCGGUGCCUUGGUCGAAUCGGGUGUGAUCGCACUCACAUACAUAAUCAUCAUGUGCAAU